CCCCAGCGCACCAAUGACGGGCUUUCGGCGCAGAGGCUGCUGGGGGCUCAGUGACGUCAUUCUUGAUGUGUUGGAAGCGGGUCUGCGCAGCGAAAGGUGCCGAGUGAGAUGUCGUGCCCAGAAGAGGUGGUUGCCUCUGCAGAUGAUGAGCUGCUCAGCUUCCUCCUGGUGGAUGAUGCUCCCUGUGCAGAGUUCUCAGGGGACGAAGCCAACCUGCUGGGAGACUGGGGUCUGCUGGAGCCCGAGCUCCUGAAUGACAAGGAGGUGGAGGACUUUCUCAGCUCCCUGCUGAGCCCCUUUGAAGAGGGGCCGAGUGCCUUGCAGGGUCACUCGCCUCUCAACAGUGAUAGCGGCAUCUCAGAGGACCAGAAUCCCUUCCCCAGCCCCAGCAGCUGGGACGCGUCUCCAGCCAGGGACCUCGCCUGCAGCCCUUUGAGCUCUGACAUCGUGCAGGUUGAUCACAGCUACUCCCUCCAUCAAGAAAGUGCGGUGCUGGAGAGCGUGAGAGCAGACACGGCAGAAGGAGACAUCUCCAUUGACCUGGAUAUGUGGGGGGACUCGGGAAGUACAGAGGAGACGCUGGUCGAGGAGCAGAGUUUCAGCUUCCCGGUUGCUGUGCCCAUGGAUGACUUCGUGCCUGGGACCCCCAUGCAGUUCGGUUUCCCGGAACUGAUCCUGACAGAAGAGGAGAAACAGCUUCUGGAGAGAGAGGGUGUCUCCUUGCCAUCCCACCUGCCCCUGACCAAGGCUGAGGAGCGGCUCCUAAAGAGAGUCCGUCGAAAGAUCCGGAACAAGCAGUCGGCCCUGGACAGUCGGCGCAGGAAGAAGGUCUAUGUGGAUGGCUUGGAGAGCAGGGUUGUCACCUGCACGGCGCAGAACCACGAGCUGCAGAAGAAGGUGCAGCUGCUGCAGAAGGAGAACAUGUCAUUGCUCGAGCAGCUACGGAGGCUCCAAGCCCUGGUGAGACAGUCCUCGACCAAAACCACCACCGCCAGCACCUGCGUCAUGGUCCUGCUCCUAUCCUUCUGCCUCGUUCUCUCACCCAGUCUCUAUCCGCUCGGAGCCAGAGUACAGCAGGAGGGGUUCCGAGGAGUGCUGUCUCGUCAGAUCCGGGAGUACCCGAGUGACACGGCCCACUUUCAGGCAGCAGCUGCCCAGCAGGCAGAGGGGCCUGAAACACGGGGAGAGCGCACAAUGGAGGGACUGGCCCUGGAAUCUGAGACGGCCCCGCUGCCAGGCAGCCUCAAUCACUCCCGGGAUGGGGGACAGAGCCCACCCAAGGCGGAGCAUGGCUCUGCCAUCAACAGUAACUCAUCCUCCGACCCACCGCCAGGAGUCAGCUCUGAGCUGGGUCCCCCCCAACAGCAGCCAGAGCAGCUUCCUGGGAAGGGCCCCCUGCACUCUGCGCAGCCAUCAGCCUGGGGGACCAAGAAGCAGGAGUGGGUGGAGCGCACCACCAGCGUCGUGAUCCAGCAGCACCGUGCAGAUGAGAUGUGAGCGCCAGGCACCUCGUGCUGCCUGGCUGUGAAUUUGCCAGGGCCGUUUUGACUGAUCCUUGUCUACGCAAAUGCUUCUAAAUGCCCCUGAGCGGGAUCUGUCUCCUCACCCACCAAUCCUGACUGGGGGGCAGCUGGGCUCUGGGGUAGCAGGAAACGGUUCUAGCUGCAGCGUGGAGGGGGCCCAGCAUGGGGAGUUGGGCCUGCGUUACUUAGUACCCUGCAGCUGGACUGAGUGGAAAACCACUUUGAUUGGGCUGGGCCCCUGCGUCCGGGUGCCCUUAGCAAGUCCCGCAGCUCCAAGCGACCUGUCCCUUCCAGUAACACGAUGAUUCCCCAUCCCUCAGCUGGGCACGCCAAGAACCUGUGCCUCGCAGGGGAUGCCAGCUGGGUGUGGUUCUGCCAGGGGACAGCACUAAACUUCUCUCAUCGACCUCCCUGCUGCAGAGCCUCAGCUGCUGUUCUUGGUGUGGCUGGGGGCGGCUGCAGGCAGAGGGUCCCUGCCUAGCGCUGUGUGCUGCCUUCCUGCUGGUCAAGGGGCUGCUGAUCAUGAUCCCCCGGAGGGGAGGGGGCUGCACUGCUGCAGGGGUGGAGGUUCAGAGAGCCCUGAGGGGCAGCCUCUGUAACAGGGCUGGUGGGGCCUGGGGCCCACGUCAGGGGGGAGGGCUAGGUCAGCUGGGCCUCCUCCAUAAAUUGACCUCUGGCCUGCAGCCCUGGGCAGGGGUCGCUGUAACGUGGCUGAGCCAUGGGAUGAGGACCGCCAGCUGAGCCAGCACCAGCCAGGGUCGCCCUCCCACCCGGCCAGCUCCAGCCCAGGGAAAGGAGAACAAGGGGGCCUGGUCCAGCAGGCUCCUAACUGCUACAGUAAUGGCUCUGUUAUAAUGAAGUAUAAACAAAGUGGACCCGC